CGUAAACGACCGUCCAUUUUGCUUUAUGUACACUGAGUUGCAUUGAACUUGUCGCACUGAAGUUGCCUACACAUUCACUAACACAUUCACGUCGUGUCGGUGAGCCGAUGGGCGAGAUCGGCUCACCGACGCGGCGUGAAUGUGUCAGUGCGCCAACUUCACUGUGACAGCUUCGAUGGAACUCAUUGUCAGUGUACUGGCUACAGGAAAGCGUACAGUAAGCAACGACGCGACGCGUUGUGAACGGAUGAUUUAAAAUUGAUACUUUGGCGCAAGCAAAAUAGUUUGAUCCAUCAUACAGUUUCGUAACGAAGAAUAUUUCUUAAAGUUUAACAACAGCAAAUAAAUGGUUAGAAAAUUAGAGGCACUCAUGGACAUGAUUCAAAAGCAUCCAUGCUUAUGCAAUAAACAAACUUCACCGGUGUAUGUAUGGCAAGAAAUUGCUAAAGAAAAAGCAUGGGAAGAGAUAGCAAAGGAAAUGAAAUUGUCAGUUGACACUUGUAAAGAGAUAUGGAUCAUAAUUCAAGACGUAAUUUCUCUAAGUUCAAAGCUAGACUUAAAUAAACACGAUAAGAGGAAGUUUGUGUUUUCCGUGAUGGAACUUAUAGAUCACACUAAAAAUACCGGACAUUUUUCGCCUCCUCCAAUUGUCGAAACAGAAACUGACAAAACGAAAGAACAAAAUGGAUUGAAAAUGAAGAAAGAUACAAGAGAAACAUUGCCUUCGACUCAAGAAGACCAUUUGAUGUCACCAAGACGCAAUGAAAGAGUAAAGCCAUGUAGCAAUCAGGUUGAUAACGUAUGUGUAAAUUGUUCACAACAAAAAACAAACGGUUCUCCUGCAGACGAUUAUCGGAAAUCAUUUCUCAUUAGUUUGCUUCCCGAUGUUAAUAAACUUUCAGACAAUGAGAUGCGAGACUUUAAAGUCAAAGUUCUAAUGUUGUUGGACGAAAUGUUAACAGGGUCGCAACAUGAUGAACGCAUUAAAUAAGAUCCAACUGGAAAAAAAUCACCAACACCUUGCGUUAUUUCACAUGUUUCACAACACAUGUCACCUACUUCUUCAUCCAUCGAUUCUGUUACCACUACAUAGUUUCAACCUACUUCGUUAUAUUUUACUUCUAGCUCUAUUCAGUAUGAUACAUUAACAUUACAAACUAUGGUAAAUACACUUAUGAUUAAUGAUUCAAUUCAAAAAUAAAUUUUUUAAUUUUA